CAACGGUUCAAGCCCUCCCCCAAGCGAACUAUAAUUAUAAUAUAAAACCCUAAUUUCUUCUCCCCGUUCCAUCUCUGCAAACUCUCCGCCUCUGUCUCUCGUUACACACUCCCACACACUUCACAAGAUCCAAAAUGCCUUUCAAGAGGUACGUGGAGAUCGGGCGGGUGGCACUCGUCAACUACGGGAAAGACUACGGCAGGCUCGUUGUCAUCGUUGAUGUCCUCGAUCAGAACAGAGCCCUGGUUGAUGCUCCAGAUAUGGUUAGAACCCAAGUUAAUUUCAAGAGGUUGUCUCUAACUGACAUCAAGAUUGAGAUUAACCGGGUGCCCAAGAAGAAGAACCUGAUUGAUGCUAUGGAGAAGGCUGAUGUUAAGAGCAAGUGGGAGAACAGCUCUUGGGGUAGGAAGCUCAUUGUUCAGAAGAGAAGGGCAUCUCUUAAUGACUUUGAUAGAUUUAAAAUUAUGUUGGCCAAGAUCAAGAGGUCUGGAUUGGUGAAGCAAGAACUUGCGAAACUGAAAAAGGAAAAUGCAUCCUAGUCGACAUUUAUAAGAACUUCCCAGUUUUGUUUGCGGUGUUCCUUGAGAUGAUGUUUUUGUAUCUUACUCAUUUUUCUUGUUUAAUUUAGAGAGACCAUCAAUCUGAGAAUUUAGCAAAAAUGAGAUUUUGCAACCUGUUUAAUGUGACCUAUUCUGUCAUGUGGUUCUUGCACUUCAACUUUAUGUGGUGGUGAUGGCCUUUUAGCAUUUAUUUUAUGAUAUUCUUAUUCCUCUUCAAAUUGAUUAUUCAGCUUUGAAGACCUA